UUGUCACAACGAAUUCGCAAUGAAUUGAAUUAACAAUUACAAUUGAUUAAACACACGUACUCGCCUAAUAACAUUUAAUUCAUUUCAAGCUAGAAACGAAACAGAUCGUAACAACGAAUAAGCAAAACAAUGUCAAAGAGCUCAACGCAUACGGCGAACAAAACAAACCCAAAAAAUGAAGCACAGCGCAGCAGGCCUAACAAGUCGCCUGCAACAGGUGUGGGUGCAACCACAACAACGCGGAGCAGCAAAAGCAAACUCAAACAACAGGAUAGCUUAGAAAGCGAAAAAAGUGUGCGACAAACCACAAAGAUUGCAAAACUAACCACAACCGCUAUUAAAAAGUCGUCGCCGCCACUGCACCCUAGCAAAAACAAGGAGCGUGAGCUUGCUCCGAGUAAAAAACCCAGAGCAACCCCAUCACCCACAAAGCAGGCAACGACGAGCACAUUGCGUGCCGCUAAACAACAACCACAACAACGUGCUGCAACGACGAAAGCCAAACCAAAUGCGGUGCUGGACACAUUUCAUAGUGUGACGGUGUCAUCGCCACCAUCAAAGCGCAGAGUGCAACCCAAACAAGCAGCAAGUGGUGCAGUGGAGGAGGUGGAGGCGGACAAGCAACAGCCACGUCCUCGCACUUAUUCACGCACUCUGCAGCCGGAGGAAGUCCUGGUGCUCAAACGAGAUUCGGCCAAGCAGCGCAGCGAAUUGGAAGUGCAACUAAGCAAACAGGUUAAACAGCCAGUUGCAUUCGAGGUGAACUUUGAGGCGGCUAAAAAGCAAUCGCAAGCGGCAGCAGCAGUAGCCGCUGCAGAAACGGAUAAUUACUCCGAUGAUUUUGAAUCAUAUGAAUCGGAUUUUGAGACAGAUGUGAGUACGCCCGAAGAAGAAGAUGAGGAAGAGGCAGACGAUCAGAUGGAGGAGGCAGAGGCAAAGGAAGAAGAUCAAGGGGAAGCAGUAGUGCCAGUGGCAGAGCUAGAGCCCAGCCGGACAGUUGAAGUUAGCGAGGAGGAGGAGGAAGAGGAUUCGGAGCCCACACAAAAUCCCAUUACAGUCAUACAGCGCGACAAGGAGCUGGAGCGCAAAUUGGAUUCCGGACACUAUGAUUUGAACACACGACGGCAACAGCGCUCCGCUGCUCAUCAGCCCUACGAUAGCUUCGAUACCACCAAUAGUAUAGCCAAUUCCGAGCAGCUAGACUCGGGCAUUAGCAGCUUUGGUGCGGCUGGUGCACAGGAGCAACUGCCCAAGUCCACAUCGGAUGUGCACUAUGGCGGCUAUGUUAGCUUUGUGGCUCAUCCGGUGAUCACACGUCGCGGCCGUGAGCUGAUGCGAAAGCUGCGCUUCGAUCAGCUGAACUAUCAGCUGUUUGAGAUGAAACCCCUCAGCUAUGAGGGUUAUAUGCAGAGCUACGGCAAGCUAAAUACGUGUCAGCUGGCCACCCAAACCUACGCCCAGCACAUGGAUAGCGAGUGUCAGACGAUGGAGCUGCAUCAGCGCACCAGCUGGACACAGCAUCCGCCUCAUUAUGGAAACCAGUUGGUGCUCAGCUGCAGUGGCGAUGCGACCAACGAAUUGGAUACAAUGUCGACUCAUUCGAGUGAUGCCCUUGAAUGCAGCUUAGCGCGCAUGGAGCAACUACAUCGGUUGGAGCAGCAGCGUGCAUUGGAGCAACAACGACAACGUCUGUCCAAACCAAGUGACUUGGAACGAUUGGGCGUAUUUCUGCACAGGGCAUCGCUGCUGCUCGGCAAGGUGCUUAAUGCCAAUUGUCCCAAACGCGUGCCGCUCCUGCCGACUGGACUCCUCGAUGCAUUGCGUGUGCGUCGCAUAUUUGGCAGCACCGGACAAUUGGUGGUGACCGUCCAUGAGUGUCCGCCGCAUUGCGAUGUCUAUCGAGACGAUUUUGCCAAUCUGCUGAUGGUGUGGUCCCUAACCGAUCCCAGCAAGCCGCUGCGCUUGCUCUCCACGUGGGCAGAAGUCUGUCGGGUCGCCUUCUGCAGCGAGGCGCCCGACAUUAUUGUAGCUGGUUUGCGCGAUGGCAGCCUGGCCAUGUGGGAUCUGCGCGAAACUUACAGCUACUGCUCCAAACUGGAUGGCACUCUGACUCACUUUGCGGCCACGCAGUCUGUGGUGCCCAACAUGGAUGCCCAGCAAUUGACGGCUUUGGAUAUGGGCGCCGUUGUUGAUGUGCGCAGCUUUCGACCAGCGCCCAAGUUGGCUGGCAUGGCAAUGGGCAGCAGUUUGGCUCUGACACACAAGGACAUUCAGUACGCAUCGCUCAACGAUUCGGGAUUGCUCACAAUUUGGACACUGGUGGAAAGUGGGCGUGGCUGUGGUGCAGGCACCAGCAACGAGUAUAGCUCGCCCUGGGCGCGUGUGAAGCUGCUCCAGGCGGCCAGCUGUGAUCUGCGUGGGUAUCUGGAACGUCGCUUGCUGAAGCGCAAUCAAAGUGCCUAUGACAAGACCAAGUCUAUGUUCCAGGGCAACGUCUACAGUGAUGAGCUGUUGCGUGAACUGAAUGAAACACAGACGCUGACGACGGCGUUAGCGGGACAAGGUCUCCAGGGGUUACGAUUCAGCAGCAUCGAUACGGGCAGUGAUCUCAUCUACGUGUGCAGCAAUCGCAAUUUUGUACUGUGCUGUACGAGAAGUUUGAAACCGGAACGAUUCACCCGGAUCGCUUUGCAUGAGAGUCGCUUUCUGUUUCCCACGGCCCUCUGCGUGCUCACCAAUGAGCACUUUGUGGCUGUGGGAUUGUCGAAUGGUUCUGUGAUGAUCCUCAACUGCAAUCAGCGGCAACGCCAACGUGUGCAGCGUCCCACCACUGCGAUGCCGCCGCAAAUCCUUCCGCAUGUGCCCGAAACGGGCAAAUCCUGUGCAAUACAAAAUAUUAUACUCAACGAGCGACGCUCCUUUGAGCAACAGGAUCUGGAGCUGGAUACGCGUCCGAAUACCGCCCUGGAAUUGCUGCAGCAACCACGUCGCUCCUACGAGCUGCGAGUAUUUGACCAACAGCUGCUCCUCAGCGGCAGCGUCUUGCGCCAGAAUCUUGUCCAAGCGCUCGUCCAGUCCACCGACGGCUGGCAUCUGUUCGCCCUCUCAAAUGGUUCGGUGCGAGCCUACGAUUUUCACUUGGAUCGUGAACUUCUAGACGUGGGUCUGGAGAAUGGGUCAACAGUCACAGACAUUGCUGCAUCGAGUAGCUCAACAAACAAUCAACAUUUGCUGCUCCUCGAGACGGGCGGAAAGGUGCAACUGCAUUCCCUCAACAUCUAGUUUGCUAAAACUUAAUGUUUAUUUUGUUAAAAAACAAUAUUGA